AUGGUCAACUCCUGUUGUGGCUCCAUCUGCUCUGAGAGGAGCUGUGGCCAGGAAGUCUGUGAAGAGGCUUGCUGUGCCCCCAGCUGCUGCAGACCCAGCUGCUGCCAGCCAGCCUGCUGCCAAACGACUUGUUGCCGCCCAACUUGCUGCCGCCCAACUUGCUGUGUGACCAGCUGCUGCCGGCCCAGCUGUUGUCGUCCAGCCUGCUGCCAGACCACUUGCUGCAGAACCACGUGCUGCCGCCCCAGCUGUUGUGUGUCCAGCUGCUGCCGCCCUUCCUGCUGCCAGUCUAGUUGCUGCCGCCCCAGCUGCUGCCAGCCCUGCUGCCGUCCCAGCUGCUGCGUGUCCAGCUGCUGCCAGCCCUGCUGCCGCCCCAGCUGCUGCGUGUCCAGCUGCUGCCAGCCCUGCUGCCGCCCCAGCUGCUGCGUGUCCAGCUGCUGCCAGCCCUGCUGCCGCCCCAGCUGCUGUAUUUCUAGCUGCUGCCAGCCCUGCUGCCGCCCCAGCUGCUGUAUUUCUAGCUGCUGCCAGCCCUGCUGCCGCCCCAGCUGCUGUGUGUCCAGUUCCUGCCAGCCCUGCUGCCGCCCUACCUGCUGCCAGACCACCUGCUGCAGAACCACCUGCUGCCGCCCAGCCUGCUGUGGCUCCUCCUGCUGCUGA